UUUAUAGAAUAUGAGUUAUCUACUGUAAUCUUUUCAUUUCGAUUUCACGAUACAAUUCCUCGGAUCAUAGGAAUUGAAUUAUCCCACCGUGAUAAAAUGAGAAGUUUCACAAUUAUUUAUAGAGACGUAUUGAUUGUGUGCAAGAACUGAGAAUGUUCUGGGAUGAUUGGGAAUCUAGAGACAUCCAAGUGUAUGGAAUAUUCGUGGCACUAGGAAUUUUCUUCUUAUGGAAUACUAUUUUGACAAUAAACCUUAUUUCUCUAAGACGAAAAUGUAUAUCAGUGAAUACGGCUUCUGGAGAUAUAACAACUACAAGGAUAGCAACAUCUCCCGUGUGGAAUCAGAUUUACGUUCCAAAAAUUCCUAGAUUACAGAAAGUGAAGAGUAGUAAUCCUACUAGUAUUUCUUCCAUUCCACAGACUCCUUCGGAUUGGUUCGGCGAUGGUCCAGCUCAGAUGGAUAAUAAUAUAUUUUUUUGAAUGAAAUUAUAAAUUUUUUCAAUCUGUUGAAUAUGCUUCCGAACUUUCGAAUUUAAUAAAAAAUCAAGGGAAAUAUUGCAAACACUGGAAUAUACUUCAAAUAAUUUAUAUGGCAGUUUUAUACAAUUUGUAUAAAAGUUUAUUUAAACUUCUUACAUGUAAUAAAUACAAAACAAAGGCAUAGAAACUUUGUAUAAAUGUUCAAUAUAAAUAACAUAUGUACAAUUUUAUUGGUUAUUUGACCAGAAAUACUCAUGGAAAACACAGACAAACAUAAAUAUACAAUAUAUUUUAAUCUACAAUAUUCCCUAGUUGUGAUUUCAGAAGUCAUUAUAUGUUCAAAAUCCAUAACAAACAUUAUGAUGAAUGAAACAAAAAUGAGACGUGAAUUUUAAGCACUUUUUUAUAGUCAUAAUUUGUAUAUUACUUGUAAUAUUAUAUUACAGAAAUAAUUAUUUCAGGAAUUUCACUAUAUCUACUAGUAUUUUUGAAGAAAUAAAUUUUUACCAUUAUA